ACAAUGCCAGUUUCUAAAACUACACUUCUUACGCAAUAACCUUAACUUGUACAAGCUCGUGGUAACUUUCUACUACAUAGGGCGAGGUUAGUCUGAUUGCACAAGGCUGCGGAACCUUACUUCUUUAGAACUGUCGCGGCGAAACACGAGCUGCUGAUCCAGGCAUGUUAGGGAACUUCUAGAGGUGCUGCUGGCUAAUAACAUUCAUUCACACACUCACACACAGCUCACAACUCACACACCAGGCUAACGUUAGCAAGGUGACCGAGGACAGGCACAAUCACCGCGUGAAAAAGUCUCUUGCCAGUUGACAGGUGCUCGCGGUGGAUUGUAGGCGACUGUUGAUGUAAACUUUGCCAUAGACUUGGAAUACCAUGUUGCGACUCACGAGACCUCAGGCUCGCAGCUUGAGGGGCUGUUUUUGCAGCCAGAAACGCUUCAGCCACCACAAAAGUGUGAUGGCAAUUCGGAGAGAAGACAUCAACGUAUGGGAACGACGGGCACCCCUCGCGCCAAAACACGUGAAGGAGAUCACUGCCGCAGGCCACAAGGUUCUGGUGCAACCCUCCAACAGACGGGCCAUCCACGAGAGGUACUAUGAGAAAGCUGGAGCUGUCAUCCAGGAGGACAUCUCAGAGGCGUCCCUCAUCAUCGGGGUGAAGAGACCUCCAGAGGAGAAGGUCUACCCCCAUAAGACCUACGCCUUCUUCUCUCACACCAUCAAGGCACAGGAGGCCAACAUGGGCCUGCUCGACGACCUCCUCAAAAAGGAAGUGCGUCUGAUUGACUAUGAAAAGAUGGUGGACUCCAACGGCUUCCGAAUUGUUGCCUUCGGCCAGUGGGCUGGUGUAGCGGGUAUGAUAAAUAUUCUGCAUGGCCUUGGACUGAGAUUCCUUGCCCUGGGCCAUCACACACCAUUCAUGCACAUUGGGAUGGCCCACAACUACAGGAACGUCAGCCAGGCCAUCCAAGCAGUGAGGGAUUGUGGGUACGAGAUCUCUCUUGGCCUGAUGCCCAAGUCCAUCGGACCACUGACGUUCGUUUUCACCGGAACUGGUAAUGUCUCCAAGGGUGCCCAGGAGAUCAUCAAUGAACUCCCAUGUGAAUUCGUGGAGCCCCACGAGCUACAGGAGGUCUCAAUAACGGGAGACAUGACAAAAGUCUACGCUACAGUUCUGAGCCGCCACCACCACCUGAUGAGGAAGAGUGAUGGAGUCUACGACCCACUGGAGUUUGAACACCACCCUGAGCUCUACACCUCACACUUCAGAGUCAGCGUGGCGCCGUACACAACCUGUUUGAUCAACGGUAUCUACUGGGACCCCCACCACCCCCGGCUGCUGCGGAGGCUAGACGCCCAGAGGCUCAUGAAGCCCCUCAAGCCCUCCGUCCCCGCCACCGAAGGCUCGCCCCAUCUCCCGCACAAGCUGAUGGCGAUCUGUGACAUCUCGGCAGACACUGGAGGCUCCAUCGAGUUCAUGACGGAGUGCACCGCUAUUGAUAAGCCCUUCUGUAUGUAUGACGCCGACCAACACAUAGACCACGACAGUGUGGAGGGAACCGGCGUCCUCAUGUGCUCCAUCGACAACCUGCCUGCCCAGCUCCCCAUCGAGGCCACCGAGUACUUUGGAGACCGUUUGUUCCCCUACAUCUGGGAGAUGCUCCCUUCAGAUGCUAGAAGGCCACUCGAUGAGGAAGACUUCUCCCCACAAGUCAAAGACGCAGUGAUAACGACCAACGGGGCACUGGCUCCAAAGUUUGAGUACAUUGAAAAGCUCAGGGAAAAAAGAUUACUCAUGAGGGAAACGGAACAGAUCCUGCAGAAAGGAGGGAUGAAGAGGGUUCUGUUGCUCGGUUCUGGGUACGUGUCGGGACCCGUCAUCGAGUACCUGACUCGGAACCCUGGCACUCAGGUCACCAUAGCGUCGGUGGUGCUGAGCCAGGCGGAGGAGUUGGCUGCCAAGUACCCCAACACCAUCCCCGUCAUGCUGGACGUCACCAGCCAGGAGGGACACCUGGACUCUCUCGUCAAGGACCACGACCUGGUCAUCAGCAUGUUGCCAUACGGAUUCCAUCCACUGGUGGCAAAGCACUGCAUCAAUAAGAAGGUGAACCUGGUCACAGCCAGCUACCUGAGCCCAGCCAUGAAGGAACUGCAGCAGAGCGCUGAGGAGGCGGGCAUCACCAUAGUGAAUGAGAUGGGACUGGACCCUGGCAUCGACCACAUGUUGGCCAUGGAGUGCAUUGACCAGGCCAAGGCAGAUGGAGCUACUGUGGAGUACUACACCUCCUACUGCGGAGGUCUGCCGGCCCCCGAGUGCUCAGACAACCCUCUGCGCUACAAGUUCAGCUGGAGUCCAUACGGGGUCCUGCUCAACACCAUCAGCCCUGCCAUGUUCCUCAAGGAUGGACAGGUGAUCGAAAUUCCUGCAGGUGGCGCUCUUCUGGAGUCCACUGUGCCCAUGGACUUCCUGCCUGGCUUCAACCUGGAGGGUUUCCCCAACCGAGACAGCACCAAGUACGCCGAGCCCUACGGCAUCCAGUCCGCUCACACACUCGUCAGGGGCACGCUGCGAUUCCGGGGUUUCUCGAGUGCCAUGAGUGGUUUUGUGAAGCUGGGUCUGAUCAACACCGAGCCUUGCCCCAUGCUGCACCAUACAGCUGCCCCAGUGUCCUGGAAAGCCCUGCUGUGCAAGCAGAUUGGCUUGCCAGCGUCGGUUGGCGAUGAUGCUUUCCAGGAAGCCGUGUUUGAACGAGUCGACAAGGACAACUUCAGAAUGGAGAUGCUGAAGUGGUUUGGGAUGCUGAGUGAGGAGGCGGUGCCCCAUGGAGACAGCAUCCUGGGGGCUCUGGCUAAGCAUCUGGAGGCCCGGCUGGCUUUCGACAAAGGCGAGCGGGAUAUGAUCAUCAUGAGGAACGACGUGGGCAUCCGGCACUCGUCGGGCGAGCUGGAGACCAAACACAUCAGCCUGGUGGUGUACGGGGAGCAGAACGGCUUCUCCGCCAUGGCCAAGACCGUGGGCUACCCAGCAGCCAUCGCCGCCAGCAUGGUGCUCAGCGGCGAGAUCGCAACCAAGGGUCUGGUGGUGCCGAUGACGAAGGACAUCUACGGCCCCGUGCUGACCAGACUGAAGGAAGAGGGCCUGCAGUUCACCACCAAGAGCACCCUCUACGAGUAGGCAGCUCAGAAGGUCAUGCUGUCACUGUACUUUACCACACAGCCUCUAUGAGUAGGCGGCUUUUAGAGUUGUACUGUACACAACGGCCUCUUCCCAUAGGGUACCACCUGGGCACACAGCAGGUAUCAUCCAUUUCAGACAGGGCAGACCCUGGUUAUGUUCUUACCACUCUCCUCUCAGCCUAACCACGCACACACAAAUAUACAGUACAAGCUUUCGGCUUUCACUUUCAUACAGCCUACACAUACAUACACAGACCAGACAAAUAUAAAAGUACACUGCCCACACACAAACGGUCACUUAACCAACCUAUAAGAGAGCUGCCUACUGUAAACCGCCUAUCCCCACAGGUAGUCAGAAAGACACUACACAACUGUAUAUAUAUAUUGGCCUUAACCUUCCCCCAGGGGAAUUGAGAGCUACUUUUCUCCCAUGCUGCCUUCUAGGGGUUUCCCCCCCUAACAGACAAAAUGAAGAGUUUUGUUGCAAAAUGGUGUAUCCACCUUUUGUCUUUUUCAUUUAAUUUUUGGAAAUGACUAUUUCAGAAGUUCAGAAGUCCUAUUGUGUGUGAAUUAUAGCCAUUCAAAUAUUUCGAGAACAUACUUUUUAAACCUAUAUAAAUGCAUUUUGCAAUGGAAUUAUCAAUUUCGUUGUACCUGUACAAUGACAAUAAAUUUUCAUUCAUUCAAUACAAAAAUGCCAAUUUCCCAAAAUGUUCCAAAAUGGAUAUACACCAUUUUGCAAUCAAACUCUUCAAAUAUACUGUAACCAGGUCCCACUAACAGAACACAGAAAACAGUAACGGUUAUACACCAGCAAUGGCUAUGGAUGGCAGACACCAUGACAAAUACUGAUCUGGCAGGAAAAGGGAAUAUUUAUUGUUACAUAAGCACACUGAAAUAUUGGUACUGAUGACUCAUACUUGGCUUAAAAGGGAAUAUUUUAUGGUAUAAAAGGGAAUAUUUAUGUCUAAAAGUCCAGUGAUGUUUCGCUAAUGCUGUAAGGGAGCAAAACACUGAUAUUUUUAAUAAGGGAGAAGGGGGAUAUUUUGUUUAAAAAGCUCAUCUCUAUAUUUUGGUUUUGAAAGAAAACGGUAAUAUGUGGGGGGGAAAAAACCUUGAAAUAAAAUCAUUAGCAGUUACAGUGAAGAUUGUUUAAUUAGACAAGAUCUCACUGAGCCAGCACGAUGACUCAACAUUUUUUUUUACAUUUUGAGAAAUUUUCUAUUUUCUCUAAUCCUACACUUCAGAAAUUAGAGUAUAUUGAUGGAUAAUAGACUGUAUUGUUCAAAUACUGCUUGUGAAAUAUGUUUUUCAUUUAUAUCUGAAGAAAGAACUCAAGAGUAUACUUUGUUUGACGAAACUAUAUCAAGUUUAAGUUUGUGUUUAAAAUCAGAGAUUACACAUCAUAGCAUUUCUGUUCUUUGCAGUUUAGUAUACACAUCUCCUAGUCAGCUCUUAUCUUCACCAUCCCGUCCCUGUUUAACUGAUUGACGCUUCUACGCACUUUACGCACAAUCAAAUGGUUUCACCCCCCCAAAAAAAACAAUUUUAACAAAGAUUACACUGAGGUCAAGUUUUGACUUUGAGGGAAAUGAGCGAAUCCCAGGUAGCAAACAUAACCAUUGCAAAAAAAUGUCAUUUUCCAACACACUAGUGGCCCCUUGAUAAAUGAAAUGGUGAAGGGUCAGAUGUGUUGAAUCGGGCAUUACUAAAUGAACAGUGAACCAGUUGGUGGGAGGCUUUACUGGUCUGGGGUGCAUUUCUGGAAAGCGUAGUUGUUAGCAGUUAGCAACUUCGGUAGUUGCCAAUGGGAAAUUGCAUUGCAACCAACAAAGUAGCUCACAUAGUUAGCAACUACGCUUUCCAGAAAUGCAACCCUGGUCAGCAGUAGCGAGAGUGUUCUGGUGUAAAGGCCACGGGGCCAUCUGUCAUUACUGUAUGUUAAUGUUACUGAAGAAAACAAUCCCCCACCUCCCCACCACCACCCCUCAUGAUGGCACUGCAGCGCUUAGAGAAAGUAUUGACUACUGAUGCAUUUGCAAUCUUUAUCCUACUGUACCUGUUUAGUGAAAUGUACAAAUAAAGUAUUUAUAUUUGAGUACAUACCGAA